UUUUUAGGUUGACAGAACGUCGGUAUCUGCAAUAUUCUGUUGCUUCUUCGAUUGUGCGAGAGCUUGCGCCAUCGCUUGUACAACUUGAAAGCAUUGUGAUUUGUGAUCGAAGGAAUUACUUUGGCUAUCCAAAAUGGAUUUCAAAUACGGCAAUGCCAUCCGACAGGGCAUCAGGAAUUUCUUCCACCAUCCUAUAGCUAACUUAUGUAUUACUGCAGUAAUACUGAUCAGCGCUAUGUAUAUCUCAUUGGGAGCUGUGGUUGGAAGGCCGAUAUUACAUCCUUAUGCCAAUUCUUCAUUCCUAAAUGUUCGUCGAAGAGAAGACAUACCAAAAGCAAGUACAAUGGACGAAAUUGUAUCAUCAACAUUUUCCAUAUUCUUCUUUUGGAUAGCCUCCGUAAUUGUGGGAAAACUUAUGACAUUCCUUCGACUUCCAUCACUUUUUGGUGCAUUAUGUGUGGGGAUCUUCAUAGCGAAUAUACCGGCGCUCAACAAGCUUAUCUACGUUAACGAGUAUUGGCACUUUAUUAUUCGAAAGCUCUGCCUUGUUGUUAUUAUCAUUCGAUGGGGGCUGGGAAUCAACGGAACAUACAUUCGUAACAAUCCGACCUACCCUCUAGCAUUGGGUAUUUUUUCUGCAAUAGCAGAAGCUCUAGCCAUUGCUGUGGUAUCGAUUUUCUUCUUCAAUUCUUCAGUUGCUUUUGGGAUAAUCAGUGGAUUUCUGUUGGCGACGGUGUCUCCAGCAAUAUGUGGUCCAGUGAUGCAGAAAUGUCAGCGAUUACAUAUCGGAACAGAUUUGAACAUUCCAUGCUUUGUUCCGGCUGCUUGUUGUUUUGACAAUACAUUUUCCAUUAUUGUAGUUAGUCUUGUAUCUGCUAUCACAUUCAGCUACGAGCCAAAAUUUGCCGUGUUUGUGAAAAAUGUCGGAGAAGUCAUUCUUUGCGGGUUAAUAGGCAUAUUUAUCGGGUGGGUUCUAUGGUAUUUUCCUCUCAACAAUCAAAAACAUACACAUACGGGUCGAAUUUUACUCAUCAUUUUCCUCUCUAUUGCAAUCAUUAUUGGAAUGAGCAAUAUCAAUCAUGGAUUCCCAGGAGUUGUUGCGGGUUUGUUGUUAUGCUUUACGGCUCCAAUGCAAUGGCGCGGUGAUAACCCGAAAAAGAUUGAGCCUAUAGCGAAUUUCUUCGCUAGUACAUGGUUCUAUGUGGCAUCUCCGCUGCUGUUCUCUCUCGUUGGAACAUUCCUCAAAUUCAACAGUAUAUCCGUGUGGAUGGUGUGCGCUUGCGUUAUUCUUGUUAUUGUUGGUACGUUGGCUCGACUGGCCAGCGGAUUUGCUAUUGUCGCCUGUUCCCCACUACAGCUGAGAGAGCAGUUCGUUGUCGUUUGGUCUCUUGUUCCAAAAGCGACCGUACAGGCAGCUCUUGGGCCAAAUCUAAUGGUGUCAGCGAAACAAUAUCCUGAAUAUGAGAGUGAAGCAUUUUUCACAGUGAUUUGCUGUAUAUUGGCAAUUUUGUUGACGGCACCCAUUGGGUCGUUCUUGUUGGAUUUGCUAGCGCCCAAACUUCUUCAUCAAGCCGCUGUUCGUGCAGUUAGCAUGAGCCAAGUUGUACCACUGGACCUCGAAGCCCAACGGAAAAAAGUGUUACCCUUGCCCAGCAUCGAUGAAAACCCCGAAAAGACGCCAAUCCCACCCAAAUUCAAGCGUUUCCGAGCCAUUUCGCUACAGUACGGUAUCGCUAAUGGCCGAGGAUUGUUUCGCUGAAUGGGUUGAAGUGGACUUCUCUGUACAAAAAUCUCUCCCUCUUGUCGCUGGAUUUGUCGACAAAUGUUGUUAAUAAUUCCAUAAGUCUGUGAGUUCAGACGUGUUCUGUGAUAAGAAUGAUCGAAAUAAACUUAUUAAUCUA